CCGCCAGACCCGCAGAGAAGGGAGGGCCUCUCUGCUGGGAGCACGCAGCCGCUUUACGUCAGGGCCAAGGGCGGCGCUGUCGCCCUGGCGACGGUUUCGCAGCCCCGCGCCGCCACCAGCCAGGCCUUCAUCUCGACACACUGGGCCAAGAAGCCCUAGCUAUGACCUCGAUGACCGCGGCGUCCUUGUCUAUAGGCACGGCCGAUGGGUUGCUUGAGACCGAGAAGAACGCAGGGGAGUCCGAGAAUACCUAUAUUUUGCGGCCCGUUUUCCAGCAAAGGUUCAGACCCUCUGUGGUUAAAGACUGUAUCCAUGCCGUGCUUAAGGAGGAACUGGCAAAUGCUGAAUACUCUCCGGAAGAAAUGCCUCAACUCACAAAACGUUUAUCAGAAACCGUUAAAGAUAAAUUAAAAGAAAUGGGAUUUGACCGAUAUAAAAUGGUGGUGCAAGUAGUGAUUGGAGAACAAAGAGGUGAAGGAGUAUUCAUGGCUGCUCGCUGUUUCUGGGAUGCUGACACUGACAACUAUAUUCAUGAUGUUUUCAUGAAUGACAGUUUAUUCUGUGUUGUAGCGGCAUUCGGCUGUUUCUACUAUUGAAUCUUUGAAAAGUUGGAUAAAGAUAAUGACCAUGAAGAAAUAUGAACUUUUUUAUACUGUUAAAUAUCUCAACAAAAUAAAGAUAAUUUGGCAGUUUGGCAACUGA